UGAUAUGAGUGUUCCCUAAAACUUAAGAGACAAGGAGACAGCUCUAUUUGCAGCUGUAUAACUAUUGCCACUGUAACUCUUUCCAUCUUCUCUGACCCCCAAGACUAUGAUACAAAGAUAAAUGAGACAAAGAAGUUUUCAAAUACAAGGGAGAAAAGAUGCUUGCUUUUCUUGGACUCAUCUUCAUGACACAGUGGAUGCUGCUGGUUGCCCAGAUGUAUGGUGAUUGGCAGUGCGCAAACUGGGAGAUGUCAGAUUCACCCAUCCAAAAUUUGAUGCUGAAUUGGUGGAAAAGAGAACUGAGUUGGAUCAGCACCAUGAAUUUCACUCAAUACAACUGUUUCAUGACAGCAGACAAUUGUACGAUCUCUAUACUGGUAGAGAACACAAAUUGCAUCUUUGAUAGAACAAUAGCACUUCCUCUGCACAACGGGGCAAACUUUUCAGUUAUAGCAGAGCGGACCAACAGUACAUACUCAAGCACAUGCAAGUAUAUUCCUCAAGGCAUUAAUGGGUCAGCCAUUGAGAACUUCUCCUGUGUGAUUUAUAACAUCUCCCUCAUGAACUGCACUUGGCAGGCAGGCAGGAAUGCUCCAAGAGAUACCCAAUAUUUUCUCUACUGGCAGAACUCGAGUAGAGGUGAUGACGUGAUGGAAUGUGAGCUUUACAUUAAAGAUGAAAAUGGUAGACAUGUGGGAUGUAGAUUCAAAAACGUGAAGAUAGAGAAAUCUUACUUUUUGGUGAAUGGAUCUAGCAAAAACUCCCUGAUCCAGUUCUACGACAAGUACAUUGAGCUGUAUAAGAUUGAAAAACUCAUGCCUCCAUCAGAUGUCACUGUCAGUUGUAACAAAACUGCAGAUUCUUGCACUAUUCAGUGGCAACGACCCCAAAUAAAUCACAAUAACAAAGACAAGUGUUUUAAAUAUGAAGUCGAAAUAACAUCCAAGGCUAACUCUGCAGAGUGGACCAAACGAAGUUUUACAGAAAAAGUGAGCUACACAGCUCAAAAUCCCAACAUGAAAAAGAAGAACCUAGUGAAAAUAAGAGCAGCUGGCCAUAUGUGUCAAGUGAACGAAGAGUGGGGGGAGUGGAGUGCAGCUGUUGAGUUUGGAAAUGAAGAAACUUCUUCAGAAUGGAUUUUACCUGUACUGGCAGUUGCAACGCUCUCAAUAGCUAUCUUUACACUUUUCUUCUGCAAAAGGACUGGUUAUUGGAGAGCAGCAUUUCCACAAGUCCCAAAGCCAAAAAAUCCAUUUCAUGGACAACCUGAUAUAAAUCCAGAGUUGUUGGAGUGCAAAAUGCAGUCAAUAACAUCCGAAACCGAACGGAUUGCAGUAGUUACUGAAGUAGUAAAAUUGUAAAAACAAAUGAGGAACGUGAAAGUGUACUUUUCAGUUCAGGCAGCUCAGCUCUGCAGCAAGUCAGGGAUUAAAAUACAUAAGUAGUGGAUCCAAGAGAUAAGAUUAUUUAUGUCCAAGUUUUUGAAAUGCCUUUGUAUUUUCUUUUAAUUUCAUCUUAUUUUAGCUUUUUGGGUAACUUCUCUUAUUGGGUAUCUUCCAUUCUGUGAAGACGAUUUAAAUAUUUCAGUCAAGAAGUUUCAGUUACAUUUCAAUUUGUUUAAGGAAAAAUAAUAUCUUUUUUUUAAAUCAUAUUAAAAAUAAUAAGAGUGAGUAUAUUACAUUAGUAGAUUGUUUUUUGAGAUUUCUGGUGUCCAAGUGCCAUUGUUCUAGACAAGAAUGUGCCUAUACGUACUUGAUGUUUCCUCAGAUUUCUUAAUAUACAUAGAGACAACUAGAAAACUGAGAAUGGAAUUGACAACAGACUGACAUACUGAGUGGUGACCAAUUCAUUUGCUCAAAACAGCAGCCAUACAGGCUGAAGAAAAGGUGAAAAACAAUCAAACAAAAUCUGAGUCCAUCCAUUAAUGACUUUUAAUUUAAGUUGUCUAGAAAAGGAAAAUUAGUGUUUUUUUCCUAAAAAAAAGAAAAAGUAAUAUUAUCUUUUUCAAAGUAAGUGUUGUGAAAAAAAUUUCCUGAGCAUUUUUUAAAACUCUAUGAAUUACACUAGUCAUUGUUAGUUUGUUACAAAAGAGUUUCAUACAACAUUGAGCAACUUACUGAAUUAUAUGGAAAUAAUUGUUCCAUCUGUGAACUAAUCCUUUUUUAAUAAAAGGCUAGUAACACUUCUGAAGCUUUUA